AUGGCCAAAGGACGCGUUUGUCUGGCUUACUCUGGCGGUCUCGACACUUCGACCAUUCUCAAAUGGUUGAUCGAGGAGGGAUACGAGGUCGUGUGCUUCCUCGCCAACGUCGGUCAGGAUGAGCCCUGGGAUGAGGUCGAGAAGAAGGCUUUGAAGAUUGGUGCUGAGAAGAUGGUCAUCCUUGACCUCCAAAAGGAGUUCGUCGAGGAACUCUGCUUCCGCGCCAUCCAGUGCAACGCCAGCUACGAAGGCCGAUAUCUCCUCGGCACUUCUCUCGCUCGUCCCGUCAUCGCCCGUGCCCAGAUCCGCGUCGCCCAGCAGUACAAGUGUGACUUCGUCUCUCACGGUUGCACUGGUAAGGGCAACGACCAGGUUCGCUUCGAGCUUGCCUUCUACACCCUCCAACCCUCCAUCAAGGUCAUUGCACCCUGGCGGUUGCCCGAGUUCUGUGACAAGUUCAAGGGCCGCCAGGAUUUGCUCGACUAUGCUGCUCAACACGACAUUCCGGUGACGAGCACCAAGGCGAAGCCUUGGAGCAUGGAUGCCAACUUGGCCCACUGCAGCUACGAGGCGGGUAUCUUGGAAGAUCCCGAUCAGAGCCCUCCCGGCGACAUGUGGACCAUGACUGACAGCCCCGAAAACGCGCCUAACCAGCCAACCAACAUCACUCUCGAGUUCGAGAAGGGUAUCCCUACCAAGCUCAUCACCCCCGACAAGACCUACACCGACUCCGUCGAGCUCUUCACCGCGCUCAACAAACUCGGCUUCACCCACGGCAUCGGCCGCAUCGACAUUGUCGAAAACCGCUUCAUCGGCCUCAAAUCCCGCGGCUGCUACGACUCCCCCGCCAUGACGAUCCUCAAGCUCGCCCAUCUCGAUCUCGAGGGACUCGUCAUGGACGCCCAGGUCCGCGCCAUCCGCGACCAAUUCGUCACCCACAACUGGAGCUACCAGCUCUACAACGGCAUGUACUUUUCGCCCGAGCGCGAGUUUGUCGAGAACUCGCUGCUCUUCUCGCAGCGUCGUGUCAACGGCGAGGUCCGUAUGACUCUCUACAAGGGCAACGCGUAUGUGUUGGGUAGGAGCAGUAAGACCGAGAAGUUGUACUCGGAGGAGGAGGCUAGCAUGGAUACCCUCGACAACUUCAGCCCCAUGGAUACGACUGGGUUUAUUGCUAUCCAGAGCAUUAGACUCAAGAAGUACGGUCUGCAGAAGGAAGAAGAGGGCGCGAACCUCAGCCGUGCUUAAGCGUUGUGCACUUGCAUAGUGUCGCGCCGGUACAACGGUGCCACGCGAUGAACUGUAGACAAGCACAGCUCUAAACAUCAUGGACGAGAAUUGAACGAGUAAAACGAUCGAAAUGUCAGCCCCCUACACACACACACCAGAAAAUAAGCCCCUCUCAUUUUCCAUGUUCUGGAGCACGGCCAAGCAGCAUUGCGGCCGGUAGUUGGAUAACGUCGACGACGAACCAAUCAGUAGGGAGGGGAGAGAGGCACGUUUGUUUUGUGUUGAAUAUGUAGGAAUAUAGCUCAUAAUCAAGCCCACAAUAAAACCAAAUGAAUUAUGAAGGCCUAUAUGUAAUGUCCAUCUUAAACCUCAAUCAUCGAGAAAGAAAGGGAGGGAGAGAGAGACAGAGAGAGAGUGUGUGUGUACAAAGAAAAACACGCUCAGUGAACUCUUACAAUCUCUGCUGAUUCGUAUAUGAUUCGUAUAUGAUUUGAA